CCCUGGCAGCCAGCAAGACAUCCGCUGUCGACCAACGUCAUUUCCGGCGCGCCGGCCACGGUGCUUCCGGGUUCUGGUGUAGGAGCGGCGGUCUUCUCGCGCGGAUUGUGAAGCUGAAUUUGGUACGCUGGACCCUCGGAGAGACAGCAAGAGAGAGACAAGCCCGAGGCCUGACUUCUAGCACUCCUGAGUUUGAGCCCUAUGAGCAGUGGAACCUAGGCUGCCAGCACGGCAAGAAUAUAAGCAGGCAGAAAAAUGUGAAAAGAGAGACUGGCCUAGCCUCCCAGCCUACAUCUUUCUCCCGUGCUGGAUGCUUCCUGCCCUCGAACAUUGGACUUCAAGUUCUUCAGCUUUGGAACUUGACUGGCUCUCCUUGCUCCUCAGCCUGCAGACAGCCUAUUGUGGGACCUUUUGAUCGUUGACUGGCCAUGUCAUUGUCCCACUUAUACCGGGAUGGGGAAGGCCGCAUUGAUGAUGAUGAUGAUGAACGGGAGAACUUUGAGAUCACUGACUGGGAUCUCCAGAAUGAGUUCAACCCCAACCGACAGCGCCACUGGCAGACCAAGGAAGAAGCCACCUACGGGGUGUGGGCAGAGCGAGACUCGGAUGAUGAGAGGCCCAGCUUUGGAGGCAAACGGGCCCGUGACUACUCUGCACCAGUCAACUUCAUCAGCGCAGGGCUCAAGAAAGGGGCAGCGGAGGAGGCAGAGUUGGAAGAUUCUGAUGACGAAGAGAAACCUGUUAAGCAGGACGACUUUCCCAAGGAUUUUGGACCACGGAAGCUAAAAACGGGUGGCAAUUUUAAGCCCAGCCAGAAAGGUUUUGCAGGAGGAACCAAAUCUUUCAUGGACUUCGGCAGCUGGGAAAGACACACAAAAGGAAUUGGACAGAAGCUUCUUCAGAAGAUGGGCUACGUCCCUGGACGGGGCCUCGGGAAGAAUGCACAAGGUAUCAUUAACCCAAUCGAAGCCAAGCAGAGAAAGGGAAAAGGUGCUGUGGGGGCUUAUGGAUCCGAGCGCACCACUCAGUCCAUGCAAGACUUCCCUGUGGUUGACUCAGAGGAAGAAGCUGAAGAGGAGUUUCAGAAGGAGCUGAGCCAGUGGAGGAAAGACCCAAGUGGAAGCAAGAAGAAGCCCAAAUACUCUUACAAGACCGUGGAAGAGUUGAAGGCCAAGGGCAGGAUUAGCAAGAAGCUCACUGCUCCCCAGAAGGAACUUUCUCAAGUCAAGGUCAUAGACAUGACAGGCCGGGAGCAGAAGGUCUACUACAGCUACAGUCAGAUCAGCCACAAGCACAACGUUCCCGAUGAUGGGCUGCCGCUGCAGUCCCAACAGCUGCCACAGUCUGGCAAAGAGGCCAAGGCCCCCGGCUUUGCGCUGCCUGAGCUGGAGCACAACCUGCAGCUGCUCAUCGACCUCACGGAGCAGGAGAUCAUCCAGAAUGACCGGCAGCUACAGUAUGAGCGGGACAUGGUGGUCAACCUCUUCCACGAGCUGGAGAAGAUGACCGAGGUCCUGGACCACGAGGAGCGGGUCAUCUCCAACCUCAGCAAGGUCCUGGAGAUGGUGGAGGAGUGCGAGCGGCGGAUGCAGCCCGACUGCAGCAACCCCCUCACCCUGGACGAGUGUGCCCGCAUCUUUGAAACCCUGCAGGACAAGUACUAUGAGGAGUACAGGAUGUCCGACCGUGUGGACCUCGCUGUGGCCAUCGUCUAUCCACUCAUGAAGGAGUACUUCAAGGAGUGGGAUCCCCUCAAAGACUGCACUUAUGGCACCGAGAUCAUCUCCAAGUGGAAAAGCCUCCUAGAGAAUGACCAGCUCUUGUCCCAUGGCGGACAGGACCUCUCGGCAGAUGCCUUUCACAGGCUGAUAUGGGAAGUCUGGAUGCCUUUUGUUAGAAAUAUUGUCACCCAGUGGCAGCCAAGGAACUGUGACCCGAUGGUGGACUUUUUGGAUAGUUGGGUGCACAUUAUUCCUGUGUGGAUCUUAGAUAACAUACUGGACCAACUAAUCUUCCCCAAGCUGCAAAAGGAGGUGGAAAACUGGAACCCGCUCACAGACACUGUUCCCAUCCACUCUUGGAUCCACCCAUGGCUGCCCCUUAUGCAGGCACGGCUGGAGCCACUCUAUUCCCCCAUCCGUAGUAAGCUGUCCAGCGCCCUGCAGAAGUGGCACCCCAGCGACUCCUCUGCCAAGCUCAUCCUCCAGCCCUGGAAGGAUGUCUUCACUCCUGGCUCCUGGGAAGCAUUCAUGGUCAAAAACAUAGUGCCCAAGCUGGGGAUGUGUCUUGGUGAGCUAGUCAUUAACCCCCACCAGCAGCACAUGGAUGCAUUCUAUUGGGUGAUUGACUGGGAAGGGAUGAUCUCUGUCUCUAGCCUGGUGGGACUUCUUGAAAAGCACUUCUUCCCCAAGUGGCUUCAGGUGCUGUGCUCUUGGCUCAGUAACAGCCCAAAUUAUGAGGAGAUCACCAAGUGGUACCUGGGUUGGAAGUCGAUGUUCUCAGACCAAGUGCUGGCACAUCCAUCUGUCAAGGACAAAUUUAAUGAGGCACUUGAUAUCAUGAACCGGGCGGUGUCCUCCAACGUUGGUGCCUACAUGCAGCCAGGAGCACGGGAGAACAUUGCCUAUCUCACCCACACAGAGCGGAGGAAGGACUUCCAGUACGAGGCCAUGCAGGAGAGGCGGGAGGCUGAGAACAUGGCUCAGAGGGGCAUUGGCGUGGCCGCCAGCUCUGUGCCCAUGAACUUUAAGGACCUCAUUGAGACCAAGGCUGAGGAGCACAACAUUGUCUUCAUGCCCGUCAUUGGGAAGCGACACGAAGGGAAGCAGCUCUACACCUUUGGCCGCAUUGUGAUCUACAUCGACCGGGGAGUGGUCUUUGUCCAGGGCGAGAAGACGUGGGUGCCCACCUCACUGCAGAGCCUGAUCGACAUGGCCAAGUGAACUGUGGCAGGUCCAGAACUAGUCAGAGACUUGCCCCUGAGAGGGAGGUACUGUAAAUAAACAGUAUUUUUAGAUCACCUUCAAAA